UUAUUAUCAGAAUCAAUCUUACAUUUUCUUUCACCAAGAGGGAAAAAAAAAAAAAUAGACAGUAGCAAUUCUAACAAUGAGGAAACAGAGAUAUUUGUCAGUUUUAUUCAUUCUUUAUUUCGUUAUCUUCUUCUUCUCUGCUGCAUCCAUUAGAGCUCAAGAAGUUGAGGAUGAGAGGGAGUUUGAUUAUGGUGCAAAAAGUGAGAAAGGUCCAAAAAUGUGGGGAGAAUUGAAGAAAGAAUGGGAAGCUUGCAAGAAUGGAGAUAUGCAAUCUCCUAUAGAUAUGUCCCAUGAAAGAGUUAGAAUUAUUCGAAAGCCAGAAAAAAGGCAUUACAAGCGACACAAUGCUACUGUCAAGAAUAGAGGCCAUGAUAUUUCGGUACAAUGGCAUGGUGAUGCUGGAUAUGUUUUGAUAAAUGGCACAAAUUAUCCUCUACAACAAGCACACUGGCACUCUCCUUCUGAACACACUGUCAAUGGCAGAAGGUAUGACAUGGAAAUGCACAUGGUUCACUUAAACGAAAAUGCAACAAAUUAUAAGAUUGCUGUGACUGCAGUCCUCUACAAGAUUGGCAAACCCGACCGAUUUCUCUCUAAGUUGAUAAGAAAUAUAUCAUCUAUGAUUGACAAAAAAGACGAAGUGAAAAAUGCUGGAAUAAUUGAUCCUAGAGAAAUCAAGAUUGGCAGCAGAAAAUACUAUAGAUAUAUUGGUUCACUUACAGUUCCUCCUUGCACUGAAGGAGUCAUUUGGACCAUAAAAAAGAAGGUACGGACCGUUUCAAGAGCUCAAGUAAAAAUGCUUAGAGAAGCAGUUCAUGAUUAUGCUGAAAGGAAUGUAAGGCCAUUGCAACCUAUCAACAAGAGGCCAAUUUAUCUUAUGGCACCAGAGGAUACUGCUUAAGACAAUUUUUCUUUUCAUACUAGCUAGAAGUAACAAAAUAGAUGGCUGUUCACUUGAAAUUCUCUUGAUUGUUCUUAUUCCUUUUUGCUAAAGCAAAAGCACUUGCAUAUGAAUGUUCUUAUUCUUUUGCUAAAGCAAAGCGCUUGCUGUCAAGAGAAAUGUAUAUUAAUAGACAUGCUUUUUCGUUUUUCUG